AUGGAAGGCGCGCGCGUGUACGUUCCCGACGAGAAGUUUGUAUGGGUCCCAGCGACGGUCGUGUCCGUCACGGACUGCGGCAACGUCUUCCGCGUCCGCGUACAGCCGCCGCGUCUCGACGGCAACGACGACGACGACGCGGACGCGCCCCUUGACGAGCGCACGAUCGACCUCACGGACGACGGUAUGCCCGACUCGCUGCCGCUCCAGAACCUCCGCGCCGACGCAACGGGCGCCGAAGACAUGUGCGCGCUCGGCCACCUGCACGAGCCCGCGAUCGUCUACAACGUGCGCGCGCGCUUCUUUGCGCACGAGCCGUACACGUACACGGGCAAGAUCGUCGUGGCGCUGAACCCGUACCAGUGGCUCAAAGCGCUCUACUCGCGCGAGCUCCGCGACCUCUACACGGCGCGCCCGUGGGACGCCAUGCCGCCGCACGUGUACGCGACGAGCGCCGAGGCCUUCCGCCACAUGCAGCAGCACCGGCUGCCGCAGAGCAUCCUCGUGAGCGGCGAGUCGGGCGCGGGGAAGACCGAGACGGUCAAGAUCCUCAUGGAGCACCUCGCGAGCAUCUCGAUGGCGACCGCCAAGCGCCUGCCGCCCCGCGCGCGCAGCGAAGCGCUUGUGGUCGACAAAGUGCUCAAGAGCAAUCCGCUGCUCGAGGCGUUUGGUAACGCAAAGACCACGCGCAACGACAACUCGAGUCGCUUUGGCAAGUUCACGCAGCUCCAGUUCAACAGCGACGCGUGUCUCGUGGGCGCCGAGUGCCGACACUAUCUGCUGGAAAAGUCGCGCGUCGUGGCGCAGGCGCCUGGCGAGCGGAAUUACCACAUUUUCUACCAGUUGGUGAGCGCGCGCGAGACGGCGUUGGGCUUUGACGCGCGCACGUCGGCCGCGGCGUUCCGGUUCUUGCAGGACGAGCCGCUCACGGUCGACGGCAUGACAGACGUCGAGCGGUACCAAGUGACGCGGGACGCGCUCACGACGAUUGGCGUGAGCGCCACGGAGCAGACGGACCUGUUUAGCGCGCUGUGCGGGAUCCUGCGCCUCGGGCAGCUUGACUUUGUCCCGCUCGACUCGAACAAGGACGACGCGAGUCAAGCGGUCGCGUUUGCUGCGUCGUCGGCCGCGGUCACGGACAAGCAGAUUGAGCAGCAGAAGAUGGAGAUGGAGCAGUGUGCGACGCUCUUGGGUGUGGACAUGGCCGCGCUGGGCGCGCAGCUUUGCAGUCGCACGGUCAAAGCACGACAGGAAGUGUACUGCGUGCCGCUGUCGGCGCACCAGGCUGGCAACAAUCGCGACGCGCUGGCAAAAGAGAUUUACGCGCGCGUGUUUGGCUACUUGGUACGUCGCGUGAACCACAGCAUUUCGAACGCGACAGCGUUCACGCCGUCGUACUUGCACAUUGAUUUGCUGGACAUUUUUGGCUUUGAGUCGUUUGGCCACAAUAGUUUUGAGCAGUUUUGCAUCAACUUUGCCAACGAGAAGCUGCAGCAAAAGUUCACAAUGGACGUAUUCAAGACCGUGCAGGAAGAGUACGAGCAAGAGGGCGUGGCGUGGGAGUUUGUCAAGUACCGAGACAAUCAGGACAUGCUCGACCUGUUGGAGAACUCGAUGGGCGUCUUGGCGCUCUUGAAUGAAGAGUGUGUUCGUCCGAUGGGCAGCGAUCUGUCGUUUGUGUCCAAGCUGGUGUCGUUGCGUGAGUCGCAUCCGCGCCUCGAACGAGCUCGUCUAAGCCAAAUGCACUUUUUGCUUCAUCACUAUGCGAGUCCUGUGACGUACGACGCAAAAGGCUUUGUCGAAAAGAACAAAGACUCGCUCCAGACGGAUUUGCUUGAGCUAUUGGGCACGAGCUCGAACGGAUUGAUGUCGAUGGUAUUCGGUGACGACGAUAGCGCGCCAUUUCUUGCCGACUCCGAGUUGGCUAUGCAUACUGCAACAAUGAUGGAAACAGGACGGCGUGGUACAGUCAGUCGGAAGACGUCUACUUUCAUGCAAGAGACUGUAAGCUACAAGUUCAAGGCACAACUGUCGCUACUAAUGAGCGACAUCUCGAGCACUGAGGUGCACUACGUGCGCUGCAUAAAACCCAAUUCGCAAAAGAGCCCCGACAUCUAUGAAAUUGAUUCGGUCGUGAACCAGCUUCGCUGCGCAGGUGUCGUGGAAGCCAUUCGCAUUACACGCGCGGCAUUCCCGAACAAGAUGGCACAUGAAAAGUUUCUCCGCCGUUUUGUGAUGAUGAGAAACACGAAAACGCCUGCUUCAGUGUCCACAACUGUUACUGAGGCAUGUGAAGUGCUUGCUAAGGAAUUGCUUCGUGGUGAGGAUUUCGUUCGAAAGCACAAAGACAAUGAAGAAUCCACGACUCCUGAUUUCGUCGUCGGAAAAAGCCUGGUCUUUUUUGGCAAGGAUGUGCUGGAGUUUCUGGAGCACAGACGCACGACGUUUGUACACGAUCGAGCAGUCGUGAUUCAGCAAAACGCGCGUCGAUGGUUGGCACAACGAAGAGUCAAAAAGGUUCGCGCUAUGAUUACUAAACUCCAGGCAAGUUAUCGCUGCCAGGUGCAGCGUCGUGCGUUUCUUGAGAAGCGGAGAAAGAGUGUGAUUGUGCAGAGCGUGUGGCGCGGUGUGCGCUCGCGGCAGCGUGUGUAUCUGUUGAUGAAGGAAAAUAGCGCAGUCAGGAUCCAAAGUGCGUAUCGCAAGCAUCUCGCGGAGCAGAGAUAUACGAAGCUUCGCAAUGCCACCAUCAAGAUUCAGUGCCUGCUGAAGAUGAGGAAACAAGUCAACAAGUAUCGCAAGCUUCUGUCUGAACGGAAGGAACACGAUGCGAUGGAGACUGAGGUAGAUCUGUUGAAGCACCGUCUCGAGGACGAAAAGCGUGCUCGCCUGGAAAUUGAAGCGGAGAACUCGUCGUUGCAGCAAAAGCUGAAGGAGGUUCGGAAUUCUUCUGGGCUUAGUGGCAGCAGCAGCGCUUGUGAGGGUGAAGCGCCGCACGCCUAUCAAAGCAGCGCCCGGUCCGGGAAAAUCGACCGAGAGUCGAUGGAUGAUAACAAACUGCUCGACGAUUCUACGCGCAUGAUUGACUACCUUCGAAAGGAAGUCACAAAGGGCCGUGAGCUUGUUCAGACGUUGUCCCACGAGAAUGAAAACCUGAAGGCUGAGAACAAGAAAAUCAAGGAUGCGUAUACAGCUGCUGGUGCAUCAUUUGCUGCGCUGAAUCAGCACAAUAAGCGCCAGUCAAAAGCAAAUCUGCGACUCAUGAGUACACAUGCUGCUCUGAUAAAGUCUCAGGAGGAAAAGAUGAAGCGGUACAAGAAACAGGUAGCCGAGUUGAAGGAAGAUCUGUUGAUGCAACGCUCUGUGUAUUCUGCAGAGCUGAAAGCCCGUGUGCAGCAGCAAGACGUGAUCAUCGAGAUCAUCAACCUCGCAAAGUCCGGUGGCACUUCGCAGGACCUAUUGGAGCGCAUGCGAUCGAUGGCCGUGGACACAAAGCCCUCGCUUGACAACGGCCAGCGUAGUGGCAGCAACGACAUUCGCCGUUCCUCGAUCGCCAGCAAUGUGGCUAAGGUGAGUGAAUACCACGAAAAGCGGUCGGACGCGACAACUUCGAUCGGGUCCAUGCCUCUGUCCGCGUCUCAGAACUCGCACACGUCCCGCAUCGAGCGUCGCGCCACCCUCGAUACGAUCAUGAAUGAAUCAGUGCCACCACCCCACAUAGAGUGUAUGAGUCCUCCUGACCGCGGAAGCCUUCAUCGCAACAGCCUCAGCGCGGAAGAUGGUCAUCGGAAAUCGCGACUAGGAGGCAUGUUUAAGAAAAUGUUCAAGAAGGACGAAUAA